CUCCUGUCUCCUCACAGCUGUGUCCAGGUGGAGGAGCACCAUGCGGUGGACAUUGAUGUUUACCACUGUCCUAACUGUGAACCCCAACACGGACCCUCCUUGAUGAAAAAACGCAACAACUGCCACAGGCAUGACUACACAGAGCUGGACGAUGGCACCAAGCCAGUGCAGGCUGGCACCUCUGUGUUUGUCAAGGAGCUCCAGAACAGGACCUUUGCCAGUGGGGAUGAGAUCCUGCAGUGGAUGCCUGGGGAGCAGGUGACCCAGAGGUACCUGGAAAGCCACGGCUGGCAGUACCCCAUCGCUGUGUCCAACAUGGAGGGACUGGGACUCAGGCUGCCUCCACCAUCCUUCUCUGUCAAAGAUGUGGAGCAAGUUGUCGGCGGUGACAAAGUCAUUGACGUCAUCGACGUGGCCAGGCAAACAGACAGCAAGAUGAAGCUGAAAGAGUUUGUCAAGUAUUACUACAAGCCUCAUCGGCCCAAGGUGCUCAACGUUAUCAGCCUGGAGUUCUCUGAUACCAAGAUGGCAGAUCAGGUGGUGGUACCUAACGUAGCUCAGAAGAUGUCCUGGGUGGAGAACUACUGGCCAGAUGACUCCUUCUUCCCCAAACCCUUUGUCCAGAAGUACUGCCUCAUGGGGGUCAUGAACAGCUACACUGACUUCCACAUAGACUUCGGGGGCACCUCUGUGUGGUACCACGUUCUCUGGGGUGAGAAGAUAUUUUACAUGAUCAAGCCGACCCAGGCCAACCUUGCACUAUACGAGGCGUGGAGCUCCUCCCCCAACCAGAGUGAAGUGUUCUUCGGGGACAAGGUGGACAAGUGCUACAAGUGUGUCGUGCAGCAAGGAACCACGCUGCUCAUCCCCACAGGAUGGAUCCAUGCCGUCCUCACCUCUCAGGAUUGCAUGGCGUUCGGAGGCAACUUCCUCCACAACCUCAACAUUGGCAUGCAGCUCAGGUGUUACGAGAUGGAGUAUCGUCUGAGGACCCCAGACCUCUUCAAGUUUCCCUACUUUGAGGCUAUCUGCUGGUAUGUGGCCAAGAACCUGCUGGAGACCCUGAAAGAGUUGCGAGAAGACAACUGUCCGCCCCAGACCUACCUAGUGGAGGGAGUGAAAGCUUUAAUCAGUCCACUGAAAACCUGGCUGAAGAGAGAGGUUACGGAGCCCACCAGCGAGGUCCCGGACCAUAUCAGGCCCAACCAUCUCAUUAAAGAGCUGACCAAGGAAAUGCGUUACCUGGAGGAGGACAAGGGCAGCAGUGGUGGCACCAACAAGCCAGUGAAAUCUCAGGGAAGUGGCGGAGGGCAGUGUCCGUCCACGCGCUCCACGCUGGAGAGGGUGUGCCCGGCUCGUCAGGCGCGGCGGGCAGCCCGGAAGCUCCGGGAGCAGCAGAAGCAGGAGGAGCAGGGUCCUAAGGUGCCCUCUAACCUGGAGAUCCUGGAGCUGCACACCAGAGAGGUGCUCAAGAGGCUGGAGGUGGGCCCUCUGGAGGAGGACCCUACCUUCUGUCCCCCGGUGUAUGGGAAGUUCAACAUGGUGUCCACCGCCUCUGCCGCUGCUGCUGAGAACCCAGACACACACCUGCGUCUCACGCUGCACAACGGACGAAUCAUCCGAGACGCGAGGAGACCAGGUAGUAGCACGGCUAGCAGCCCGGUGAAGGCGGAGAGUGAGAGGUCGUCCGUGGGCCAACUGAAGAGCAGAGAGGAGAUGAAGACAGAGUCAGACCAGGAACAGCAGCACAGCAUUAUGGGAGGAGAGGAGAAAGCAGACCACCUCAGGGUUCUUGAGAGGGUUAAGACUGAACUCAGGGAAGAAGCCUCAGGACUCUCCGACGUGUCGGACAUGGACUCGGACAGUGAUUCCAACACACAGGUACCUGAUAUUGACACUGUCUACCCCCAUUGUGGUUUUGUCUGGGGCUCAUCCCAGAGGGCCGCGGGGCACACCAUAGAGCUGGACCAGACAGACCUGAACCUCCGGCACCAAAACAAGCCACUCAAAAGAGAACGUCCUACCUCGCCCAGCACAGAGGAGGCCAUUCAGGGCAUGCUGUCCAUGGCUGGCCUGCUGUGCCCCUCCAAACCAGACGAGGGCGCACUUCCCAGGAGCCGUGGUGGUCCAGCCCGAGCCGGGGCUUGCCGGAGCGCCGAGAGCAGCACCAGAGUCGUGUGGCGGGGAGACAAGAGCCCCAUGGACAGCCAGGGCAACAGCAGCAGCGAGGCCUGGGACAAUCAGGGGCCCCUCUCCCUUGGGGCCCCCAGCCCCCUGAGCCACGACGCCAGCCCAGAGGCCGACGACUACCAGUACUGUGAUCCCUCCAUGUCUCCCCCCCUGCACCCCUCCAAGAGGCACGCCUCCAACUCCCCUCCCGUCAGCAACCAGGCCACGAAAGGCAAGCGGCCCAAGAAAGGAAUGGCCACGGCCAAGCAGAGACUGGGGAAGAUCCUGAAGAUGAACCAACACAAUGGUGUCUUUGCAUAGAGCUCUGAGGGCCACAGGCAAAGCUAAAGGAGGGUAAAAGACCCCUGUCCUCACAUCCAGAUUUUUCUGUACACACAUUUGUCCUGGAGAAAUCACUGCCUGGGGAAAGGGCCCACCUGAGAGAAUUGUUGUCGGACACACAAACGAACAGGCUCACUGUGCAUGCUUAGGACCACAGGGUAUUGGAUUCACACGAGCAAGCUACCAAGCAAGCGCUCAGCUUCACUGCAAGCACACUAAAACAUAAUGGAGAAACAAAAAAGCAUGUCGAUUACUCAACUUCAGGGAAUCUUAAAGAGAGUUCCAGUGGGCGUUAACGUGCCAUGGGGAAAUGUUAGAUGUCCGAAUGAGGUCUGCAGUACAUCGCAACAUUGAAGACAAUUCUUCAGCCAGCGGUAAUGACGUGCAUAAGCCAAUGCAGGCUGCUUGACGUCACACCAUCUGCAUGUCCCAGCCCUGCCUUCCUUGAAUAUCUGCAGCACUAUGAACUGGAUGAGACCCAGGACAAGAUGGAAGUUGGGAUAGACAGGCUGGCUUUCCACAGGCUGACACUGGCAUUGACCCACCUGGCUCCAUGUCUGGGCUCUCUCUAGCAGGGUCCUUUUUGGCCCUGAGAAAAAAGUGCUAAGCUAAUUUUUCAAAAUGGUGCUUAAUGUUUGUACGUCCUCCAUGCUCCCCCCAACUCCCCUUAUCUCAAUCACACCAGCAAUAAUGAUGUUGAGUAGAGGAGAGAUACGUUUUGACAGAGGCAGCACUCUCUUGGUUAGUCUUCCCUGCCACAUUGAGUGUCAUUCAUCUAUGUAAAGACGAUUGCCUAAUUUAUCAUUGCACUGUUUUUUGGGGGGUAAAAACACAUCAGGUCUAAAACAAUUACAUUUUAACCAGUCUGCAUUAGCUCAUCAUACGUCUCUCUCUACUUGUAUUUCACGUUUUUUAAUGCUUUGAUAGAUCAUAUGAAAGCCAUACUCCUCUAUAUAGAAUCGAUUUGAUUUUGCUGCCCUCUGAUGGUCAAAGGGAGACUAACACAGAGUGCUGCCUCAAUAAGAAAUGUUUUAUAGUGUAGGAACAUAAGUUGUUUACCUGGUUGAAAAACAUUGAUGGUGAAUAACAACUCAUAUAAAUAUCCUGCUUAAUUUAUUUGUUUUUUUUAAUCUGAUUGUUUUUAAUGUGUUUUUUUGAUGGAUUCUGAAUUAUGUAUUUAUUAAUUGAAUAAUGAUUUUAUUAUAUUUUAGCCCUAAACCUCAGCUAUUCUGGAGAUUUUCUUCUAAAGGGGUUUUUUUUUCUCUCUCUUCUCAUGCUUAUUGUGUAUGUGGACAUUUUAGACUUCGUGGUCAUGAUAUAUUUUGUAGAAAUGAUCUUUACUGACCUAACUCAAUCUUUUUUUCUCCACUUCUAUUCUGUCCAAUCAGGCUUUCUUGAAACUUGAUUUGAACCUGUUUCCAUUCUGUCUUCUGGUUUCCUCUCAUAGUGUCCAGAGGUUAGUGGGGUUGUGUGUUAAGAGAAUGGGUAAUAUUGUAAAAUAUUGUGACUCCAAAAUGUUACCACCCCUGCCCUGCUACACCUAUAGCCUACCUGACGUUGUCUAACGACAGACAUUUAA